AUGAACAUCAAGCAAAAGCGGGAGAUUCCAUCUGCAGUCAUGAGAAACAUACACCCAGGGACACUUAACCUUCCUGUAUUUGAAAAUCAAAUAGCGGCAAUUUAUCUGUGCAAGGAUGGUGUCAUGCCUUCUCACGAGGAGUUGGAUGCUGGAUUAAUAAUCAAGUCACGAGGUGGCAAAACGAUAGCACCUCAUCAGAGUUACAAUAUCGAUGCACUUACGUACCCUUUGUACUUUCCUCGAGGAGAGCAAACAUUUGUGAAGGAUGCGUUACCUAAGAAUCGUUCGAGAAAGCGUGCACGCGAGAUAGCCAGAGAUUGUUGUAACGAGCGCUAUGUUGAGGGCGUUUAUACUGAUGCAGGUCUUGAUGACGCGCAUGACCUUAAUGAUGAUGAUGACGAGAUUACACUGGGAAAUAAGCAAGCACGUAAAUCGCGUUUCAUUUCUCGCCGGGAAUUUGUCGUAUACAUCCUUGCUCGACGUCCUGAUUUUGGUAAACAUCGUAUCAUAGGAACUGGAAAACUUUAUGCGCAGUACGUUCUGCAUAGCUUUGCUCGCAUCGAAGCUGACAGAUUAUGUGCUAUUGGCAAACAUUUGACAGAGGUCCGUAGUACAACUGCAAGUGCUUUGUUCAAAUAUCUGGAUGAGAAGCUGAAUGAAAAGGGCGUGAAGCUCGGAAAGCUUGUAAAUAUGCCCCAAACAUACGUUGGGAGUAGGAAGUGGUAUCAAAAACUAUACAGUGACGCUAUGGCAGUUUCUCUGAAACUAGGAAAACCCGAUUUGUUCAUCACAUUCACUGGAAAUCAAGAGUGGCCAGAGAUUAAAAACAACCUUGUUAGCAAAUUCGAUUCGUGGAUAACAGAUCCUUUUCUAUGUUGUCGCGUAUUUUUU